AUGCAAAGAGAACUGCGGGGGAAGGAAGAAUUAACGGUUGGACAAAUUCCGGAUACCGCUGCUAUGGCCGAGUCUCAGCUUCUGUGCAUGGACGAAGAUCAUGUCAACGAAAAGAUACCCGAAUCCAAAGCAGAAUUCUACUAUUGCGAGGAGCAGCGAGCCGCGCUCGAGCAACUAUUGAAGAACGGUGAUGGCGCGUUCAAGAUGCGAUUGAAAGAGGACAACGUCAGAGACUUUCUAUCCGCCCGCGAGAUUAAAUGGAUUCGAAAAACUUUUGAUGAAUAUGAUUCAGAUAGUGAGUCCGAGAAGGGCGAAUACGAAAAGACUCAGGAGUCCAAUGCAGACUCGGGGGUCCACUCCACAUACUGGCCUCAGAUGUCGGACACGGAUGUCCCGCCGCUUGACAUCGGCUGGCCAGGCAGCACUAGUUUCUAUAAAGGUGUCACUCGAGUAUCCGUUCACACGCACCCACCCAAAAACAAGGGGCCCCAUAUAAAAGAGGUUGUCAGGAGACUCAUUCAAGAAUCGAACAAGGUAGUAGCCGUGGUCAUGGACCACCUUACAGACCUGCAGAUCCUUCAGGACCUAUUGGACGCAGCACAGAGACGAGGGGUGGCUGUGUACAUCAUACUGGAGGCUCGUGGUAUGCCCCACUUCCUGGAUAUGUGCACUCGUUUACAGAUCACUGCUCUGCAUCUACGGAACCUGCGUGUGCGAACGGUGAAAGGUUCUGGGCUGGCCCUGUCAUUUGGCAGGCUGCCCGGCUCUCUGUGCUCCAAAUACAUGCUGGUGGACGGAGAAAAGGUUAUGUUUGGCUCUUACAGCUUCACAUGGAGCUCCUCUAGGAUGGACAGGAACACCAUCACAGUAAUGUCUGGGCAGGUGGUGGACUUCUUCGACAAUGACUUCAGGGAAAUGUAUGCCGUAUCUGAGAAUGUGGACCUUUACAAGGAGUUCCACAUAACCAAGCCUCCCAUGCCUGCACCGGUACGGAAGGUGGUGGUCCCCAAGCCCCUGUUGAUAUCCACCUCCCGUUUCCAGGUGUCUCUAGGGGACUCUCGUGGGCAGGCUGACCAGAGGGUGCCUGCACAUAAAUACCACAACCCUAAGUAUUCUCUGGUGGUGGGGAACAGUCUCGGGCUCACUGGGUCCUUACAGGACCUCUCCACACUCAGAGACUCACUGGGCAGUGGACUCGAACGGAACGGACUGUCGACGCUACUCCAUGCCAAAGGGGGCAGUAGUGUGGAACUGGACAAGGUCACUGUGAAGUCUCCCAGUUCUCCUGUGGAGGAUGAGGAGGAUGGGAAGGGAGGUUCGCUGAAGCACCAGGUCUUAGGUGGAAAGAAACAACGCAGUUCUUUCAGGCUCUUCCUGAAAGGCAGGGGAUCCAAUCACAACAAUGAGACUAUAGAGGAGGAUGGGGCCACUCCUUCAAGCCCCUCCUCCACCCGCCCAAACCCCUCCCCUAGCCACCCAACCCCCACCCCUAGCCACCCAACUCCCUCCCCUAGCUGCCCAACCCCCUCCUUUGCCCAUCGAACCCCCUCCCCUACACACCCAACACUCUCCCCUACCCGCCCAAACCCCUCCCCUACCCACUUAACACCCUCCCCUACCCGCUCAAACACCUCCCCGACAAAUAGCACCCGCCAAAACCCUUCCUCUACCCACUCAACACCCUACCCCCUACCCACCCUUCCAAGAAACCCUCUCUAG